CCCAGCAGAGGGCGUAAAAGCAAAUUUUCUAUUGUAAAGUAAACAAUUCCUAGGUGUAAAUGAAGAUUUUUGUGAAUUAAAACUUCAAUUGCGUAUAAUUAAAAUACAAUUGCCUGUCGUACUUGCAAAGUUACUACUGAGUUUUAUGUUAUUAUUCAUUCAUCGAAAUAAGUUGUUUUAUAGAAUAUUAGAUGAUGAAUUCGGAUCAUUUAAAAUACGAAGACGCAUUAAUGGGAAUUCUUCACUGCGAAGGCGAAAUUAUGAAAUUUUUAGAUGUGAUAUUUGGAUUUUUAUUCAGAAGGACUGAUUUCUACAAAAUCCAACAUAAUAGUUCCGAAAAACUUGGUUUUCCUCCUGGUAUUCCCAAGAAGUUGGUGUUAGCUGCGUUCGAAAAAUAUCAUCAGUUAGCUCUGAAGAAUGAAGAAUUAUAUCAGAAAAAGAUUAAAGAAAACGAUAAUUUUCAAGAAUUUCAUAAAACUGAAGUAAAAACACAAGUGAAUCCAGAAAUAGAGCAAAAAGCAAAGGAUUUAAAUAUCCAAGAAGAUAUCCAAAAAAUCAAAACUUCAGAUUUAUCACAGUCAAUUAAAGAACAGUCUCAAGAAAACUUUCAAAAUUUCUCAGAAUGUUACAAUGGUGCAAUGAGAGAGAAUUAUUCUUGGUCUCAAAAUUUAAAGGAAGUAGACGUUAAAAUUAAUGUACCUGAUACAAUCAAAUCUGGAAAGCAAGUAAAAGUAGACAUCAAACCAAAUAGUUUAAAAGUAUGUAUUUACAAAAAUAAUAAUUGGGAAACUGUUGUAGAUGGGACAUUAACAUUUAAAAUCAAUGUUGAAAAAUCGAUGUGGACUUUAUUCAAAAGUGAACACAUUUUUAUUAAUCUGGAAAAAGUUCAAGAAACGUGGUGGGAGGCUUUAUUAGAAGGUGAACCUAAAAUUGAUAUACAGAAAAUUGACAAUAGUCAGCCAUUUGAAGAAUUAGAUCAGGAAGCUCAAGCAAAAAUUGAUGAACUAAUGUAUAAUCAACAGCAAAAGCUGUUAGGGAAGCCAACAUCAAAUCAACAAAAAGUUCAUGAUAUUCUGAAGGAAGCAUGGGAUAAAGAAGGAUCACCUUUUAAAGGAACUCCCUAUGACCCUAGCAUUGUCAAUGUAGAAAACUCAAAUAAUUUCAGUUUUAAAUGAUUCUGAAAAUUAUGAUUUGUGAACCUAAUGCAUUGCUAAUAUGAAGAACUGUGACUAAAUUUUGUUGUACAUCCACAAAUAUGAGAUUUGUGUAUUUUGAGUUGCUUCACUGUUUAGUUCUCAAAUAAACAUGAAAUUGUAUAUAAUUGUACAGUUUUAACAGUAAAA